GUUGGGGAGUUAUAGUGUAACUGCUGGGCUGCUGUAAGUGACUCACAGCAACCCCCGGACCCAUUAUUAUGACCAUUGGGAUUUAGGAGUAUGUACCAGACUACGAAGUAUGAACCUUCUCUCUUUUCUCAAAAUCGCUCUUCUGAAGAAUUCUAUCUAAAGAUGGCGAUUUUAUGUUGUGAAUCAAUCUCAUUGCUGAUUCGCUCGAAAAUGUCCGAUUGGUGAUUACAAAACUCUUAAUCCCACACAAGUGAGAGAAGAAUUAGGUUUCAGAAUGGAAGAACGAUGUUCCGUAAACAGCCCGCGAAGAAUACUGAGCUUCUCCAAGAAUCGGAGAGCCAGCGUGUCUUUUCCCGACGCCGAUGGCCGCCCGGGAUUCGGCGUCUCCGGCGAGCACGGCCCCAAGCCCUCCGAGGUCUAUGGCUUUGUCGGCUCCAUUACAACCGUUGUCUCCACAGUUGUUUUUCUUGUAUGGGCAUAUGUUCCGGAUCCUUGGUUGCAUUCCAUAGGCAUCUAUUACUACCCUAGCAGGUAUUGGGCUUUAGCUGUGCCUUGCUAUGUAAUGGUAACAAUCGUAUUGGCUAUUGUGUUUUAUAUUGGCUUGAACUUCAUGGCUACCCCUCCUUCAACCUCCUUGAAUGUGAUGUUUGAUGAAUUCAGUAGGGAGCCAGUGAGUGAAAUCACUUCAGGAGACGAUGACGAACGGCCCAUUGAGCCUAUAUCCGAUAUUGGAAUCAACCAAAUUAACGAUUUAAUGUUUAAAAAUCUAAGAUGACGUCCUUUAUCCAGUAGACGUAUUCCUUAAGAAUGCAUAAGAAUGCCAUACGUCUUUUCUGCAAAUACAGUGAGUUUUUCUUGUAGUGCAAAUUCCAUAUGUAACUGGAGUGGAUGGGUAUGCCUUUUACCUGACAAAUGUAGAUUUGAAUUCAUAUGGGAGAUUGGUAGUUCGACUUGGAUCUGUACAUGGUACAUAUUUGUAAAUCCUUUACAAUUGGAAAGGAUCAUCCAUAAUUUUGUGGAGAAUAAUCUUCCAUUUUUUCUUCAUGUAGCUUUGAGAAAUACAGUUCAUUUCCAG